UCCUCCCGACAAGCCCCCCUAAGCCACCGACUUCCUUUUCCUUUGAAAACCGGAAAAAAGGGCUUGAAAUUCUCCUUCUUUCUUGUUCAAUAACAAGAUUUAGGACUUAGAACACUCCCCUAAACCCAGAAAUUCCAAAUCUGCGUUGUCUUCUUCCCCUCUGUCCACCGGCCUCUGUUGUGUGGGGUUGAGUUCGGUUUUCUGGUAAGAUUCAGCCAUGAAUCCCUCUCUUUAACUUUGAUUUACGUUGGGUUUACUUGAUUUCUUUGUUCUUCAAUCUUGGGUAGCACCGUGAGUCUUCCCUGCAGAUUUGCCGCUGGCCUCUUCCCCCGCCAGGUCCGGUUCUGCAACUGGAAAAUUUAGGGUUCUUGAUUGUUCUAUCGAUUUAGCACUGAGAUCGAGCCUUUUGUUUUAAGCGAGUGAGGUAAGUAAAUUUAUGGUAAUGCCCGUACAGUUUUUAAAACAUGUUUGACUUGUUUUUGAAAUAGUGGCGGGACUAAACCCGUUUUAUACAAAAUGAGCAUGACUGAUUUGAAGUAAAAUUUUUAUGCUUUUCAUUAAAUUGAGCAUGCCUACUUGAAAUUUAAUUGAUUGUCCUGAUGAUUUGAAAGUGAUUGGUGAAUUAUGAUUUUUCUGUUAACUUCUGCUUGUUUUGUCUUUGAUGUGGUUAUGUUAUUGAUGAUCCUGCUUGUGGGGGUUAAACGCUAGCACAUGUCGACAUGUUAUUGAUAGAACCGGUUCGUUUGAAUGACCCUGCUAGUUGGGGUUAUACAUCAGCAAAUACUGUAGCCUGCCAGUGGGAGGUUUAUAACACUGGCCAUGACCUAUAGAGGAGACGUCUAUUUCGUUCCCGUACUGUAUCCGUUUUCGUGAUUGCACGUGUUGGCAUGCUAUAAGUUUAAUAAGGGCACUCCAUAUUUUACUUACUGAGUUUAUUUCAUAGUUUUCCCUUGUACACCAUUUCAAGUAGUAUGACCUGAGACACGGAAAUCAAGGGGAGUGACGAGCUAAUUGGCUAGCUAUUGCAUUUGGAUAUAGAUUUUGAGUUUAGAUUGUCCUUGUAAGCUAGAUUCAUUAUUUUGAGUUUAAGUCAUGUUGGACAUAGAUUUAUGAAAUAUAUUAUCAUUUUUGGAAGAUAGAUUGUACCUUGAAUUUUAUGGUAUUAAAACAGAUUUUGCGAGAAUAGAGUUUGUGAUUUGGAUAAGUUUCGAGACUUGUGCAUUCGUGGGACCCUUUCACGAAUGCACAGUGUUUGUCGCGCCUCGAAUUCGGGUUUU